AUGUCGACCGGAAAGCAUCUCUAUCGCUCAGUCCUCCGCGAACUCCGCCUCUCGUCCAACGCCCCGCGAGCGACUCGCAACCCCGACGUGGGAACGCAGAUUCGCAAACUCAUCGAGGGCGGAGAGCCAAAGGCCGUGGAGCGCGCUAUGGUCGAGACGCGCGACUUUCUCCGCGCGAACAGGACAUACGGGGAACUGCUGAAGCGGUACAACCCAACGCACGGGAUGACCCAGGAGGAGCGCGUCAAGGCGACUGCGCGGCGGGUCGGCCUCAACUCGCCGGUCGAGUACAAGGAGAAGUAA